CUCGUUUUCAUUUUUGGCGCUAAAUACCGUCAUUUUUCUCUCAUAAAUUUUCUCUCGUCUGGAGUCGCCGAAAACUUUCUAAAAAGCUAGUCAUAUAAGAUGGCUGAUGUGGAGGAUGUUCAACCACUUGUCUGCGACAAUGGAACUGGAAUGGUUAAGGCUGGAUUUGCUGGAGAUGAUGCUCCCAGGGCUGUUUUCCCCAGUAUAGUGGGCCGUCCUCGUCACACUGGUGUUAUGGUUGGUAUGGGCCAAAAAGAUGCAUAUGUUGGAGAUGAAGCUCAAUCAAAACGUGGUAUCUUGACCCUGAAAUACCCUAUUGAGCACGGUAUUGUCACAAACUGGGACGACAUGGAAAAGAUCUGGCAUCAUACCUUUUACAAUGAACUUCGAGUUGCUCCUGAGGAGCACCCAGUUUUGCUUACAGAAGCACCACUUAACCCUAAGGCCAAUCGUGAGAAGAUGACUCAAAUCAUGUUUGAAACUUUCAACGCUCCUGCUAUGUAUGUGGCCAUCCAGGCUGUUCUUUCCCUGUAUGCUAGUGGUCGUACUACUGGUAUUGUUUUGGACUCUGGUGAUGGUGUCAGUCACACUGUUCCCAUCUAUGAGGGUUAUGCGCUCCCACACGCUAUCUUGCGUCUGGAUUUGGCCGGACGUGACCUCACUGACCACUUGAUGAAGAUUUUAACUGAGAGAGGAUACUCCUUCACCACCAGUGCAGAGCGAGAAAUUGUAAGAGAUAUAAAGGAGAAGCUGUCUUACAUUGCUUUAGACUAUGAGCAGGAGCUGGAGACUGCCAAGACUAGCUCAUCUGUUGAGAAGAACUACGAAUUGCCUGAUGGGCAAAUUAUUACCAUUGGUGCUGAACGCUUUCGAUGCCCUGAAGUCCUCUUCCAGCCAUCCAUGAUUGGUAUGGAAGCUGCGGGUAUUCACGAAACUACUUACAACUCCAUUAUGAAGUGUGACGUAGAUAUCAGGAAAGAUCUGUAUGGAAAUAUUGUCCUUAGUGGAGGAACCACUAUGUUUUCUGGAAUUGCUGAUAGAAUGAGCAAGGAGAUUACUGCUUUGGCUCCAAGUAGCAUGAAAAUCAAGGUUGUCGCCCCACCCGAGAGGAAGUACAGUGUCUGGAUUGGAGGCUCCAUUCUAGCAUCUCUCAGCACAUUCCAGCAGAUGUGGAUAGCAAAGGCAGAGUACGAUGAAUCUGGUCCAUCGAUUGUUCACCGCAAGUGCUUCUAACAAGUUUCUGUUGGAAAAUAUAGACGCGGAAGAAGAAUAACCUUCCCACUCAGGCAGGAAAAAUAAUACAGCUUGCCGAUAUUUUUACAUGACCGAGUUCUUUUUGAAGUUUUUAUUUCCAAGUUUAUUGGGACCUGGCUUUUUAAUACUGGCUAGCACAUAAAAGGGCAAGGAUAAGGGUAAAGGUAAGGAUAAAGGUAAAGAGUUAAGAGUUUAAUUUUUUUUAUUAUACUAUUUUGUUUAGUUUAAUUGCUUCAAAUAUAUUUAACAUUUCUCCAUUUCAUCAUUACAAUUGCUGUUUUACUUUAUACUUAAAAAAAUGUUAAUUAUCCUCAGUAGGAAUUAUAAUACAUUCUCUAUCAU